GACAACUAUUUGUGCAAAGCCAUAUGUACAGUACACACAUAUAUGUGCUACAACUAACAACAUUUAACAUAUUUAGCGUUGCUUUGUUUUAAUCAGCAUGGAGCUAUUAUUGCAAGCGAUUGAUGAGAAACUAUCACGUGCAGACUGUGAACGAAACAAAUGGUUACAGUAUAAAGAAGAACAUAAUCAGGCUGCUGAUAAUUUACGUGAAUUCCAAAAGUCACUUUGUAUAAAUGUUCUGGUACCGAUUGGCGCAAAAGCAUUUAUGCCCGGCCAAUUAUAUCACACAAAUGAAAUUUUUGUCGGUACAUAUCGCGGCUUAUUUAUUAAAUGUUCCACCGAUAAAGCAUUAGCCGUGUGCCAACAUCGUUUGGAUGAAGCAGACAAAAAACUUGCCUCUUUCAAUAUUGAAUAUCAAAUGUAUAAAGACCGUUUGGAUAUGAAUAAAAGUGCCUUCGGUACUCCAAAUGAGGGUGGUGAAAUUAUCGAAGAAUACAACGAAGAAGAAGAGAUGAAAUGGCGGGAGCAACAUAGAAUUCGGGUGCGUGAACACAAAAAAGUCGAAGCAGAGGAACGACGGCGACAACACAUGGAAAGUGACAUCGAUAUUGAUGCGAUUUUUGAACAAGCUGAACUUAUGGAAGAAUUAGAAAGAGAAUUGGCACAGUUAAAUGUUAGCGAUGAUGAACAAUUGCAGCGACAUCUCGACAACACGAACGAUGAACAGGCCGAAAAUGUUGAUUUAGCUCGAGAUGGUGAAAACGAGGAUAAUGCGAAUGAUGGUGAUGAUCACGAUGGUGAUGAGUCGAAAGAAUUUUUAACCAUAAAAAAACAGGCCAUUGGUCUUGAUGUCAAAGAUAAGAUCAAAUUUUAUGAAAUACAUUUGCAAAAACUUCAAGUUUAUUUCAAAACCACACAAUGUACACUUCAUAAUUUCGAUGAGUUUGCCGAUAAACGUGUCACAGAAGAAAAUUUACAAAAUGCCAUCGACGAAUUGCAGGAGACUUUGGACGAAAAUGUCAUCGAAACUGAAUCGAAAACAAGCAAAGACAAUCAAAUGGAGGAACAGACCAAUGAACCGCGAAAGUAUCUUUCGCGUACCGAUUAUGAUCGAAUUGAACAGGAAUAUAUUGAUCAAAAUAGAAGUAGAAGUGAACUAUUAGUUUUCUAUAAAAGUCAAUUGCGUAAUAUGAUGAAGUUGAUUGGUGCAGCCACUCUUGAUGACCAUUCAAAAAAUGAAAAACGAAUUUUAUACGAAUUUGUAAGUGAUCGCAUUUCUAGUCUGCGUAUUGAAAUUCAACAAGAAAAACAAAUAAAAUUUGAAGAAGAUUUUGUCGAUGACGAAGAUAUUGAUCAAAAUGCACAACAACGAACCUUUGAUCCGAAUGACAGUGGUUUCGAUAUCGAUGAUAAUAAAGAUGAUGAUCCGACGGGAAAACGUAAAAUUAGCUUCGCAUCAGAACCGCUUACUGUUACAUUUUGUGAGGAUGAAGAACCAUUUCAAUUGUCAAAAUAUGCACAAGAAAAUAUUGAAAGAUUAAUGGAUGAAUCGUUUCAAUUCUUCAACAGUCCAACAAGUUCAAUGUCCAACAGUCCCGGCAGUCCAGCCGGCAGUCUUUGCAGUGAUGACGAAGAUAACACAGCCCGUGAAGAUGAAAUUGAAUAUCAACCUGUAAUUAGUACAAAUGACUGUGAUCUAUCUUCAAUGUUACAAAUCAACGAAAGUACAAUGAAUAAAGUAAAAAAAUUGAUGGAUAGUGCGAUGGAAGCAAAAUUAAAUCCAAAGCCAUUGAUAUUGGAAUUUAAUAAUUCGUCGAACGAACCCACAGCUGUAGUUAGUGAUGAUAACAACAUCACUAGUCCAUUGGAUAUUUACAAACAAUUUGGAGCAUGUAUUGAAGCAUCUACACAUCCAGUUCUGUCACCACGAUCUCUUGGCCAGAUGAACACAGCAUCGUCUCCAUUGAAUAUGUCACAAAUUCAAAAUAAACUCAAAGAAGGUGAUCAAGAUGCCACGAUUUCAUUAGAAAUUCCAAACAUUGAUGCAAAACCACAGAAGUCAAUUUUGAAGAACAGCAUUUUAGUGAAAAAUGAACUUAGAGCACCAGUCAAUAGUGAUGAUGUUGAAGAUCCAUCAAAUACUAAUGAUCAACCUAGAAAUGAUGACUUUCCCGUAUUUACGCAGGUUUUGGGAGACAUUGUUGAACGCAGUGAUCCCGUUGAAUCGACACUAACCUUGCCUGACGACACUCAAUCUCGCACCGAAAAUCAACCAAGUGGUGAUAAUCCAUCGGGUCGCCGUGUAGAUAAUCAACCAAAGAAGAAACCGAUGAGUAAAUUCAAAAAGAGUCGCAUGCGAUGAAUUUGUCUUGGUCGCAACUAUUUUCUACCGCAUAAAAAUAUCCAUUUAACAUCAUUUUUUUUUUCAACAUAUCUUUUUGAAAUUACUAACUUCUUCAUCUCAACGCCUUUUUAUACGCAUCAAAUACACGUGAAAUGGUUUCUAAAAUCAAUAUAGAAUUUUAAAAAAAAUGUAGGGAAAAAGAAAAAAAGAACAUUUAAAAAAAUAACAAAUUAAACGCAAAAGUCAGAAUAUACCUCUAUAUAUGUUACAUA